CUUCUCCGAAACGCACGGGUCCCUCGGUAGUGAGGGCUGCUUGUGAUAUAUGCCUAUGCUCCACUAAAGCAAAACUGUGGGUUGGGAUUUCUUCUGGAGAAGCAGGCUACCACGAAAGUUUGAAGCCACUGAAACGUACCGUAGCCUACUUAAGUAUUGUAAUUUGCGAGAUUUAUUGUUACCUUUAUUAAUGCCAAAGUACCCUACAAUAAUGACAACUGCAAUGUAGCCUAUAGAAGGAGAUUAAACAUAGCUCAAUUCAAAUUAUCAAGUGAUAGUCUAUUGAAAAAGCACUGUGGAGAAACCGGAGACUUUACGCAUGCUGCAUCUUCAGAGACCCUUGCUGUCUAGUCUUCAAUGAAGUUUGUUUAACCAUAUCUACAUGGCGUCACCGGACGUGUUUGCACUAUAAUAAACGCUGUAAACUUUUCUUGUGGAAUGCACCCGAGUGGGAAAAACGAUGGCCUUAAGAGUGUGGUCCAAGAUCUGCUGCAAGAGGUGGGCAGUGUGGGCCUUCCUCCUCCUCUUUACCCUGUCUGUGGUGGUGAUCAACAUCCUCCCCUUCCCCCCCUCUGAGACACGCAGGCUGCCCUCACGAGGCCUGAGCUCUGCUGGAGCCAAAGGGUAUAAAGUGAGGGCAAGACCCAGGGAAAGGGCCUCAUUGGCCCCUCACCACCAACACCAUCUUCCUCUACCCCUCAAAGGUCACAGUGGAGGUUGGAAACAGAGUGACAAAGUCAAAGAGUUCUCAAAGCAUCACCUGGUCAUUGCCCAGCCCAAACUGGAUAGGAGAGCAGCUAGCAUGACAGGUGAGAGAACUCACAGCAACUACAAGAAGAAUCGUAAAACUAAGGGCAUCGCCUCCAAAAGGAAAGAGAAGAAAGAGAUGCCGCCAAGUUCUAUUACUGACAAACAACAUGAUACCCCGCCAUUGACAGUCAAUGCUGUGCUAAUAAGGCAUGAUGGAAGCCAUCUAACCAACUGCAGUGGUUCAGAGCUCUCCACCCAACCACCACCUCUUCCCAGACAAGAGAACGUCCACCCAGCCGUGACCCAGACUGUAGUGCACAGCCAGAGCCGCCCUUCUACUGCCGCCCUUCUACUACUCGGCCUGUUUGACUCUGAGCACAAAUGUACUCAAGAUGAACAGAGGCAGGACCAGGGGCAAACCAGGCAGGCAGGGAAAGCAGGGAGGGAGAACCUAACCAAGCAGCAGGCUGUGAAAAAGGUCCCCAGAGAACUCAGGAAACGUGACAGACAGCCUUCGUCUGGGCGUAAAAAGACCCGGCCCACAGCAAAAACAGCAGCAGAGCCAGAGAAAGGGAGUGAGGGGGAGGCCCACUGGUGUAAGAUGUCAGCUGGAGAGAGGGAGUUCCCAGACACUGACACACGGAGAAUAAGGACUGGGGACCCUGAGUCUGUGCCAUGGCUCAGCAAGGACGACAUUCACAAGAUGGAGUUCCUCUCGGGCAGUGAGGUUGUCAGUAAGGCUAGGCUCCCAGCCCACGGACAGGUCCUCCAUGUAGGGCUGGGUGCCCCUCAUCAUCCCCCUUCUCUUGGGGCUCCAUUGGCUGACCACAGUGGGCACUGCCAACAGGGUCUGUGUGCCCUGAUCAAACGUCCAGACGACUGGUUCGAAGUCUUCGCUUUCCAUUUAGACCGUGUUCUGGGCUUGAACAGGAGUCUGCCCACAGUGCUCAGGGACUUCCACAGUGACAUCCUGCCUUAUAAAUACACCAGGGGGGCAGCCAGACCCGCGGUGUGGUGGGACCCAGGCAUCCAGCACCUGGCUGAUGAUGACAAUGACCAGAACUCGUUCCCUCUCACUUGGCCCCAGUACCAGAGCCUGCUGAGGGCCAGGUGUGGAAGUGGCAGCGGCGUGGCCCUCAACGAGACCCCCUGUGUGGGGGUUCACCAUGCGGAGUGGGGGCACCUGGCACUCUUUGACUUCCUCCUACAGGUGAAUGAUCGUCUGGACCGGUACUGCUGCGGUUUCCAGCCUGACCCAGCAGAACCAUGUGUGGAGAACCUGCUACAUACCAAGUGCAGGAACUCAAAGGAUCUAGUGCUGGUGCACAUCCUGGUGAGGAGGGUAGAGCCUACCAGACUGGUGUUUAUAGACAAUGCAGGCAGGCCAAAUCAUCCCCAUGACAACCUCAACUUCCGCUUAGUAGAGGGCAUCGAUGAGUUUCCAGAGAGAGCUGUAUCAGUUCUCCAGUCUGGCUGCUUGGAGAGCAUGCUCCUGAGCUCUCUGUAUAUGGACAAGCAAUUCUGGGAGAGCCGAGGGGGGGCACGUGGCCUGAAACCUCUCAUCCACACUGUUGAGCAAAGAGGGAGGAUACUGCUGCAGCACAUCCACGACAAGAGACUGAGACUAAACAGGGAUUUGUGAAUCCAAUGGCCCAGAAGGCACCCAGCAGCACAUUAAUUUCAUCCAGGCAGGGGGUGCCUGCGACAGACAUGGAAGCCUCCUCAAGGUCCCAGCCAGCCUAAAGACACAGGAUGUGUCUCAAAUGGCACCUUAUUCCCUAUAUAGUGCACUACAUAUGACCACAGCCCUUCAUUGUCUAUAAACACCCUAAGAGCCCCUGGUCAAAGGUAAUGCACUAUAUAGGGAAGAGGGUGCUCUUUGGGCCGCAGGUACAGUAUGCCUGUUCCAUGCUGGUUGUGGUUCCCAUCCAUGUUGUAUCCAUACAUCUUGCCAACAUCCCUCAAGCCAAGCAAAUUAUGUUAUUGAAAUUGCACCCUCUUCUUCCCUGACUGUUCAUGAGGUGAGUUUUGUAUUUUCAAAUAAAAAAUAGCAGAUUGAAAGAUCUAUUUAUUGUCUGUUAUAUGAGAUAAGCGUUUGGCUGCAAUCUUAAAAUAGCUUCUGAACUGGAUCGAGGCUACUGGUCGAUAAGAAAAUACCAAACCUUUCAUAAGAUUGUGCUCCUAAGACAAUGAUGAGGAAACCCACUCAAUUGGGUUAAAGGAACACAAUUAUUAUUAUUAUUAUUAUUGCUGAACAUUGGACUUAUUUCCUAUGUUCAAAGACAUUUAGAUAAUGUUGACUCCACGCCAAUUAAUGAACAAUGGACAAUAUAUUGAAGUGACCUACCGACUGGGGUUGCUUCCUUGUGGGGAUACAUGUCACGACUGUUGAAGGAUGAGGACCAAGGUGCAGCGUGGUGAGCGUACAUUUUACUUUAAGAAAUGACGCCGACAAAACAAUAAACAAUACCAAACAAACCGUGAAGCUUAAGGCGAUGUGCCAUCAAACAAAGUUAACUUCCCACAAACACAGGUGGAAAAAAGGGCUACCUAAGUAUGGUUCCCAAUCAGAGACAACGAUAGACAGCUGUCCCUGACUGAGAACCAUACCCAGCCAAAACAUAGAAAUACAAAAUCAUAGAAACACAAAACAUAGAAUGCCCACCCCAACUCACGCCCUGACCAAACCAAAAUAGAGACAUAAAAAGGAUCUCUAAGGUCAGGGCUAGACAGUAUUGUAUUGUCAGCCAGCUAAAUUAUGGUGUUGGACUGGUGCUUGCCCACGUAGGAGUGGACUAAGCUGCACCCCUGAGGGGCCCCCAUAUUGAGGAUCAGCGUGGCAGAUGUGUUAUUGCCUACCGUUAUAACCUGGGGUCGGCCCAUCAGGAAGUCCAGGAUCCAGUUGCAGAGGGAGGUGUUUAGUCCCAGGGUCUUUAGGUUAGUGAUGAGCUUUGUGGGCACUAUGGUGUUGAAUGGUGAGCUGUAGUCAAUGAACAGAAUUCUUACAUAGGUGUUCCUUUUGUCCAGGUGGGAAAUGGCAGUGUGGAGUGCGAUUGAGAUUCCACAAUGAUUCUUUGGUUGUGGACACUAAAUCAUCGCACCACCUCUCUUGCUCUUGGUCCUCAUCUUUGUAAGUCACCUUGAUUUAGCACCUGUGUGUUUUAUUAGUUUCUUUAUGAAAAUAUUUAGUGAACUCUAUGACAGUGUCUAAAGCAAGGGGCUAUAGCAGCACAAAAGUAGACUACAAAUGCAUGCUGGGCCGGGUAUGCCCUCAGCUCCAGAAGUGACCACUACUGGAACGCUACUGGAGCAAAAUUGGAGCAAGUGAGAAGGCCAAAGCUUCAGCCUUUGGGAAUCUCACUCCACGCUCCAGUCAAAUUGGGCACGCUCCGCUCCAACUCCGCUUCACUCACAUAUCUGACGGGGACUGAGGUGGGAAUGGGUCGGGGUUAUCUUUGUAUGCAUUUAUUUUGCUUUUCUACCUGUAUCCCUCUUUUGAAAAAGAAAAAUUACCAAACUAAAU